CAAAUACAGAGUGAUGGAUAUAUUGGGCUUGAUACCCGAGUCAUUUUUUUAUGGGCUUGGAUCAGAGGUCUUGGUCCAAGCUUGAUCGUGCCACCACAGAUUCGGGCUCAACCUCGUCUGCAAGGGUGCAAGGAGUCCAAGCUCCUUGCCCAGUAAUAGAAGCAAUGGAAUUGAGUUCGGCCCAUAUGACAUCAAUGUAUAUACUUCACCUGUCUGAAUUUAUUCUUAUUUGAUUUUUUUGUCAAAGUGCCUAAACUUUGAUCUCGAUUUGUGGAAAGAAUACAUUGUUGUUUUGAUAAAUAGAAACAGUUCUUGAAUCUUGCUCAAGAGAAACGAUUCUGCAGCUCCAACUCUUUGUGUGUAAAUGGGUCUAUCUCCAUAUUCUUCCCCGGCUGAUGCCGGAGUUCUGUGCGUGAUUCUGGUCAACACCGCCAUAUCCAUCUCCAUGGUCAAGGACGUAGUCCGGUCAAUCCUCAAAGCCAUAGGCAUCCGAGUCCCCUCAUUCGGCGAAGAAGAGUAUUCUGCCGCCACGUCAGCGCUAUCCGACGUGCGCGGAACCCCGUCGGAGUCCUACAUGGAGGAGCUCCGCCACCAAACUCCGGCGAUCCGGUACGAUGCCAUGUGUGCCGCCACCGGCAAGCCACACCAUCACCAACAAGAAUGUUCCGUUUGCCUGACAGAAUUUUCACCCGACGCCGUGAUUAACCGCCUCCCCUGUGACCACGUCUUCCACACGGCGUGCGUCGAGAAGUGGUUCCAGUACUGGAACUUCACUUGCCCUCUUUGCAGGAAUCGCAUGAUUCUCUCCCCGUGAAACACCAGUGUCAACCCUGGUGUCACAUAUAGUGUGUGACUAUGUUUGCGUGUAUGUGCAAAGCUUGGGGUUAUGGGUGACUCCAAAAUGUUGGAAUUGCCCUAGUUUUAUUAUAGACAUUCGCGUAGUUGUGUCAUCGUAACUCUCAUAUGCAAUGGUUGCGUCCUUUCUGAGCGACGGGUCACGCGUGACCGAUAUGACAUUGCUUAUGUACAUACACAGACACUCUUCUUAUUGUUGUAACAAAGUGUUAUGAGCAAGAAAAGGUUGAAGAUAUG